UAGAGACAUGUGAUUUAUUAGCGCCCUCUAUCGCACUGGAGAGUCAACACAAGCAUUGAAUGAUCUUAGUAAGACGUUUGUUUAUGGCAAUCAUUAGCACAAAGAGAUUGUCAGAUUACGAAGAACUCUCAGAAAUAAAUGCCACGAGACAGAAGAUGCCUCAAGGGUGGUUAAACACUCUCUGCUUUAAAAUGAGAGAGGGGUUGCCAAAGGCGAAAGAUAUUUUCACAUGGCAACUUUUCAAGAUUCUGCUUAUGGGACAAAGCCUCUCAGCAAUGAUUUGUGGAACUGCUGUAACAUCUCAGUAUCUGGCUACCAUUUACUACAUGAAUGCACCCAUGCUCCAGAGCUUUAUCAACUACACGCUUCUUUGCAUCACAUAUACUGUAGCAUUGAUGUUCAGGAAAGGUGAUGGCAAUAUUUUGCAGAUAUUAAAGACUAAAUGGUGGAAAUAUUUAUUGUUGGGACUCAUCGAUGUGGAGGCAAAUUAUGCAGUUGUGAAAGCAUACCAGUACACUACAAUAACCAGCAUACAGCUUCUGGACUGCUUUGUUAUCCCAGUUCUGAUGGUCUUAUCCUGGUUCAUUUUAAAGACGCGCUAUAAGGCCAUUCACUAUGUGUCUGUGUGUGUUUGUCUGGCUGGUGUGGGAGCCAUGGUCGGAGCUGACAUCCUCAGUGGACAGGACCAGGGAUCUUCAAGUCACAUUCUUCUUGGAGAUGGUCUGAUUCUUAUCAGUUCUACUCUGUAUGCCAUUUCGAAUGUGUGCCAGGAGUACACAGUGAAGAAUUUGAGCAGGGUUGAGUUUCUGGGCAUGGUGGGACUCUUUGGAACCAUCAUCAGUGGAAUUCAACUAGGCAUUGUUGAACAUAUAAACGUGUCUAAAAUUCAAUGGACAUGGGAAAUCGCUCUUGUCUUGGCUGGAUAUUCACUAUGCAUGUAUGGCUUUUAUAGCAUGAUGCCUGUGGCGGUAGAGCUGUCCAGCGCCACAGCGGUCAAUCUAUCCCUGCUCACUGGAGACAUCUUCAGUCUGUUUUUUGGAAUCUUUUUGUUUCAAUAUAAUUUUUCCGGACUAUAUGUUGUAUCACUGGUGGUGAUCCUAUUUGGUUUCAUCGCGUUCAAUGUCGUCCCAGUGUCUUAUCUGGAAGGAUCUGACAAUCCCACCACUGGGCCUGAUAAUGGGAACACUCAGGACUGUGUGGAUGAGAUGACAUGUGAACAUACAGAUCUGGAGAGAGAUCAGAUCAAGAACAGGCCUGAUGAAAUACAGUCAGAGUGUGUUGUUAUAAACAGUGCUAAAAUGUAGUGUAGCUUUAAUAAAUUAUGUACAUAAACAGGCCAUAGAGAUUUUUUUUAUAGUUUAUUUAUCCUUAUAAAUUACCAGCAGUCCUUUAGGAACUAACAAUGGUGUUUUGUUACGAGGAUAUAAUGGAUUGUUUCAUUGCAUUUUGUAUUAUUAGCUAAAUUACAUCUUUCAUCUAACAUUAUUGUUAUAGUAGAUGUGUGGAUGCUAUUGUUGUCAACUAAUAUAUAUAUAUAUACUGAUAAUAGAGUGAAGUGUUUGGUGAAAUGUAAUCCCUAAUAAAACACAAUUUGUUAUUCUUCUUUUAAACUAGUAUGAACAA